AUGCGGCCCCUGGACCACGCCCGGUGCUGGGCGCUGCUGCUGCUGCUCGCCCUCCUCAGCGACUCUGCCGGCGGCCGCCGAGGGGCCGGGGGGCUCCGCGGGGGUUUCCGCGCCGUGUCCCGAGGCGGGGGAGCUCCGGGCCGAGGCUCCAAGGUGGCCGGAGCCAUCGCCGCCGGAGCUGCCGCCGGCUACGGCAUGGGGCUGCUGGGUCGCCCGCGGCCGUCCCGCCUGGGUCACGGCGUGCCGGCGGCGCGACAGCCGCUCCCCGCCGGAGGGUUCCACGCCGGGGGCUGGCCCGAGGCGGGGGGCAAGCGGGGAGCCCCCAGCCGAGCCCCCGGGCGGCGGAGCGCCGGGCUGGGGCCGGCCCUGCUCCUGGCGUGGGGCGCUUGCCUGGCCGGGCACGGGCUGCAGCGCUGA